AGCAAAUUUAGGCAGGGAAACGUCUCCAUCGCGAUUUCCUCGUUGCGUUCGGGCUAGGUAGCCCCUGCCCGCAGCACCCAACGCAUCCAUCCCGCAGCCAACCUCCCUUCUUCUGAUGACCCCCCAUUCCAAUCGUCAGCCGGGCACCUUCACGUUUUUAAUGUUGUAACGCUCCAAAUUGCCACCCAAAAGCCGUGGAACGCCAGUACGGCCAGGCCACGAGCGUGUUGGGUUGCGCCUUAGCUCUGGGACUCUGCAUGGUGCAGUUUUGAGCGGACUAGCUCUGACCCGAGGCCUUUGGCCCAUCUCCCUCGCUCAACCCAGCACAUCCUCCAUACCUACCUAGCCACCUACCCUGGCCCGUCAUGUUGGCGGCCCCCGUCGUACGAGCCGAGGCCUGUUUGGCCAUGACACGCCUCACACCUAACUGCUACCUUGGUUAUCUAGCUUCAAAAAGCGUGGAGCGGUUCCAUUGACGCCGCCUCGGCUCCCAAGGCCUUGCAAGCCCACCGGCCUAACAGUCACCGGCCCAGCCAUUCGCCGUUUGUCUUGUUCAUCUCGUUAGAGGCGGCUCUGGCCUGCAAAGCACUUGACCGUGGAUUCCAUCUUACACCCCAUGGAGUCAAGUCACCCCCCCAUGCUGACCUGCAGGACAGCCGAGCUGCUUGGCCUCCUUUUCUCUCGGCCUGGCCGAACUCUUCAAGGUCCCGGAAGGAUCGAGUUACUGGACUUUUGCCACAUCACCAACACUCACUCAUGAUGAGACGGACUGGGCUUCGUCGGAAUUCACCUACCUAGCCUGCUUCGCGGCCUUGACUCCCCACUUGUGUGCCCAAACAUACCUCACUCCACAUCACCACAACCUUCCAGAAUCGGGUUAUCGGGCAUAGGUAACACCAUAGGUAGGGUGUAUAAGUACGUUGAGGAGCCUCAAAUGCCGCGUGCCGUCGACAGCAGCUUGUCUCACAAACCGCCUCUUAUUGCCCUACCCACAACCCCGGCAAGAAGAGGGCCGCCUGCGGAAUAUAUACGCCGAGUCUUUCCCCGCAUUAGGCUCUGUUAGCACUACUGGCGUCAUGGAUUUCGACGCCAUUCUCAAAGACCUCCUGCCCUCCCUCGACAAUAUCACGGCGACAAUGUCGGCCAGCGCCAGCAGCGGUGCCGCCAACGGCACCGGCACUGGCACCGCGGGCAACGCGGGUAUCCAGCUCCCCAUCGGGUUCGAGAAGCUCAUGCCCCUGUUCGGUGCACAGAUCAACCCCUUCUUGCACACCUUCAUGGCCAUGAACUCCACCUUUGGCGCCUAUCUGGGUCUCGACCUCGCCGCAAUAGUUGCCUUCUUGGGCCUGCUCUGGGCAGCGGGCCGGCUGGCCCGUCAGGCAUGGGACCUCGUUUACGGCCUGGUUGAGGAGUAUCUGAUGGCCUCGAUACAUAUCAGCAGCGACGACGAUAUCCACCAACAGGUCCUGAAGUGGCUGGCCGCCCAGCCUCACGUCAGCAAUGCGCGAUCUCUCAUGGCCGAAUCGUCUACGACGGGUGCCUGGGAGGAGCAGAGCACAAACGAGGCCAGGCAACACGUGCCGGUCCGCGCCCUCGACGGUGAUGGAGGGGACUUGUACCUCAACUUCUCAUACCAGCACGCGACCACGCCUCCCCGCUAUGUCCCAGCCAUGGGUAGCCACGGCUUUUGGUUCAGAGGGACGUACUUUUGCGUUUACCGGAAGCGAGACAGUAUGCUCGCCAGCAGCAGCAGCACCCCCUUUGGUGCCUCGGUGGUCAAAGAUACAGAGACCAUGGUACUUUCCUGCUUCUCUUUCACUGCCGAGCCGAUCAAAAGGCUACUUCAACACGUGAGGCAGGACUACUUCAAGGAGAACUUUGUUCGCACUGUCAUCAAGCGACCCAACACGUCUAUGAUGCGCAGGUUCGGAGGGAGGAACUCGUGGUCCACAGUGGCCAACCGGCCCGUCAGGCCCAUGUCUACUGUUGUGCUUGACCACAAGCAAAAGCGCCAGCUCCUGUCCGAUAUUAACGAGUACCUGCAUCCGGCGACUCCUCUGUGGUAUGCCACCCGCGGCAUCCCCUUGCGCCGGGGAUACCUCUUCCACGGGCCUCCGGGCACGGGCAAAACGUCGCUGUCGUUUGCACUCGCCGGUGUUUUCGGUCUCGAUAUAUUCGUCAUCAGCCUACUAGACCCGGCGCUGACCGAGGAGGACUUGGUGCUGCUCUUCAACAGCCUGCCGCGACGGUGUGUUGUGCUUUUAGAGGACAUUGAUACGGCCGGUCUGAGCCGCCCCGACGACGAUGGUGACAGCAAGGAUGACAAGGAUGACAAGGACACCAAGAGCGGCACGAAUGGAAGGGGCGAUGAGAACGAUGACGAUGGUAAAUCAGAAGACGAUGGCGCCGGAAAGCAGACCGAAGGGAGCGGCAACGCGAAGGAGGAUGAUAAAGCUAAGGCCGCUCAUCUCACUCGCCAAAGCGACAAGAAGCCUGCGAGGUCCGGAACGGCGACCGCCAGAGCAAAGCGCGGUGGCCUCGGAAUGGGCGGGCACGGUAUGGAGAACGAGGGUAACGGCAUCUCGCUUUCGGGCUUGCUCAACGCCAUCGACGGCGUGGCAUCGCAUGAGGGAAGAGUGCUUAUCAUGACCACAAACCGACCCGAGGUUCUGGACGAGGCCUUGAUUCGGCCCGGCAGAGUCGAUCUACAGGUCGCCUUUGGCAACGCCACCCAGCGCCAGGCCUGCGAGCUGUUCCAGCGAAUGUACGAGGCCAGCCAGCCCCGGUGGACACAACAGGCCCCUGCACCGGCUAGCAUGCGGCAGCCACGAAAGCAGCACAAGUCCGAGGACAUGGGAGGCUCGAUGGACAGGCCUUUUGGGGCCACAUCUCUGAUGAGUGCCCUGCACUCGAAGCUGGAAGCACUGGCUACCACAAUCGCCAAUCUCACUAGCGGGGUGGAGGGUGGUAACGAUGGCGACAUUGAGUUUACCACGGACCACGGAGGAGCGUUUGUCCAUGUCGACACCGACGAGAAGAACGAGGCCAGCGUGCACAGCAGCGCUAGCGAGGAGAGCGAGGAGAGUGAGGAGGCCUUCACUGACCUCAAGGAGCUGGCGCGGAUAGCGACCGCCUUCGGUGCUAAGAUCCCUGACUGCUGCUUCUCGCCCGCCGAGAUCCAGGGCUUCCUCCUCAAACGCAAAAAGGACCCGCGUCGCGCGCUCCGCGAAGCCGAAGGCUGGGUCGCCCACAUGGUGGAGCAGAAGGCGAGUAAAAGCAAGAUCCUUCAGGUGCAGUGAGGCCGGAUGCUUGCUCGCGAGGAGACCUGACUAGACGUAUGCGUCGCAUCCUCCUGUUCUAUUAGCAUUUAUUAUCCUUCGUUUCUAGGACUUGUCUUUUAUAAAACCUACAUUCUUUUGUCAUUGCUGUGAGAUUCUCUUGCAUCUUCUUUUUCGGCUUUGGCUUGGCCUGGGUUGUACACGCAUCAUCUAAUAGACACUUUAGACGGCCGUUUGCUUUGCACACAGCAUAGAUUACGCACGUUUUGUAUUUGCGAGGCUGGGAUGGAGCCGCUGCCCGAAACCGUUCUGGUAUUAGAAUGUUGCGACUGACAGAUGUUCACGCUGGAUGGUGAUGUCAGAUUUUGGUCUCUGAUCCAAAACCUGCGCCACGACCCCCUUUAGAGGAUGAUUCUGGGUGUUCGGUCCAAGGCAAUCAAAAUGGC